ACCACACGCACUCGCGCACGAGAUCAUCCCGGGGUCAUAUGCGCGCGCACAAGCAGCCUGGCACGCUACGGGAAGGGUCACGUGAUAAUAUCUGAGCGCAGACCUCUGCACGCGAAGGUUAGGAAAAUGCCCCACCCUUUGCAGAAAUGCCCCGGAAGUGCCUUCGCCCUUAGUAAAGAUGGCUGCGGCACUUGGCCGGCGGGAGGCGGGUCUGCGCCUGCGCAUCAAGUUCGGCGGGGAAGAUGGCGGAUGACAAGGAUUCUCUGCCCAAGAUUAAGGACCUGGCAUUUCUCAAGAACCAGUUGGAGCGCCUGCAGCAACGAGUGGAAAAUGAAGUCAACAGUGGUGUAGGCCAGGAUGGCUCGCUCUUGUCAUCCCCAUUCCUCAAGGGAUUCCUGGCCGGCUAUGUGGUGGCCAAACUGAGGGCAUCAGCAGUUUUGGGAUUUGCCGUGGGCACCUGCACUGGCAUCUACGCAGCUCAGGCAUAUGCUUUGCCCAACGUGGAGAAAACAUUGAGGGACUACUUCCAAUCACUUCGAAAGGGGCCUGACUAGCUCCAGAUCCCAUGGGAGAGGAAGGAUGAGCAACUGGGCCUGUA